AUGGAGUUGCAUUGUGACAACAAGUCAGCUAUAGAUACUGCCCACAAUCCAGUUCAACAUGAUCGAACCAAACAUGUUGAGGUGGAUAGACAUUUUAUCAAAGAAAAAAUUGAGAAAAAGUUCAUUCGCCUACCAUUCGUAAAAUCAAAAGAUCAACUAGCAGAUAUCUUAACAAAAGCUGUUUGUGGCAGAGUAUUUCAUGACUCACUUACCAAGCUGGGGAUUGGUGACAUAUAUGCACCAACUUGA